AUGCCCAGGAAGUUCAAAAUACUCAAACAGAGAGAGAUCAACAAACUCUGCAAGUCCAGUCCUUACGUUCUGGUCUUGGUGAUCACUGUGGGCCGUUUCACUCCGGAAGACGAGGAAAUUGCUAAAAUGGUCAAGAAGGUGUUUAGGAAGAAGUUUGGGAAGCGCAUGCUUGUCUUGUUCACCCACAAAGAGGAUUUGAAAGGUGAAUCCUUGGAGGACUAUGUGGAGAAUUCCAAAAACAAGGCGCUCCUGAAACUGCUUGAGAAAUGUGGGAAUCGCUGCUUCGCUUUGAAUAACAAGGCAGCUGGAGAAGAGAAGGAGGAGGCCUCCAAGCUGCUGAUGGAAAAGCUCUGGGAGAUCCUUCACGGGGACGGAUCAAGGCCCUGCACAGAAAAAGGGAAAGAGGGGGAAAGGGGAAAGAAUUGUCCAGCCCCCUGCUAUGCAGGAUUCUCAUCUAAAGCAUCCAUGACAGGUGGCCACCUAACCAGUGUUGGAAAAAGUGCCACAGGGAACACCCUCCUCGGACGGGAGAAAUUUCACUCGGCUUUUUCAGCUAAGCCAACAACUCAGAAAGUCGAGAAGGAGAGUGGGGAAUUUAAGGGUCAGAGGUUUUCUGUGAUUGACACGCCCGCUGUCUCUAGUAAACUCUGCAAGUCCAGUCCUUACGUUCUGGUCUUGGUGAUCACUGUGGGCCGUUUCACUCCGGAAGACGAGGAAAUUGCUAAAAUGGUCAAAAAGGUGUCUAGGAAGAAGUUUGGGAAGCGCAUGCUUGUCUUGUUCACCCACAAAGAGGAUUUGAAAGGUGAAUCCUUGGAGGACUAUGUGGAGAAUUCCAAAAACAAGGCGCUCCUGAAACUGGUUAAGAAAUGUGGGAAUCGCUGCUUCGCUUUGAAUAACAAGGCAGCUGGAGAAGAGAAGGAGGAGGCCUCCAAGCUGCUGAUGGAAAAGCUCUGGCAGAUCCUUCACGGGGACGGAUCAAGGCCCUGCACAGAAAAAGGGAAAGAGGAGGAAAGGGGAAAGAAUUGAAGGAUGCUCUUAUAUCCUCUAGUUCAUAGUGUUUCGUUUCUUUCUAAAAUAUGUGGGGCUUCCCUUGUGCCUAAUCUGGAAGUUGCAAUGAGUGCAGGAUGCCACCAUUGUUGACAGCAGCAGGUGUUUGUCAGCCUAGGACACCUGGGCUCAGAGACCUGCCCUGGCUCCCAAUUUGCUGCCAGGCCAAGUUCAAGGUGUUGCUCUCAGGAUAUUAAGUCCGUAACAGUUUGGGAGCAGUUUAG